AUGCCCGGGGAUCACCACCACGAUCACGGCAGUCAUUGUCAUGGAGAAGAUGGACAUGAUCAUUCAAAUGAUAUCACCCCAGCUCUCCAAUCCCUCCUCUAUUCCCAAAUCCAGUUUGAUUCGAUCGUUACGCUAAAUGAAGCAACCCCCAACGCCGGCGCUGCGAUUGUCCAGAAAACCUGGGCCGAAAGACUAAAUGACCAACCGGAGCUUGAAAGUGAUGCAGACGAGCAACUGCUUAUGUAUAUCCCCUUCACUGGCCAAGUAAAGGUUCAUUCUUUAAUCAUUUACACGGCUCCGACACCGGCCGCCCCGAAGACCCUGAAAUUGUUCAAGAACCGUGACGAUCUAGAUUUUGCGACUGCUUCAGAGCUGAAGCCAACACAGUCAGUGGAGAUCCCGCAGCCAGUUCCCGGAGCCGAUGUCUUCGAUUUGCCAUUGAACCGCGCUCACUGGAAUGCUACUACCUCCAUUACCUUGUUCUUUGAGGACAACUGGAGCGAUGGGAAUGAGGAUGUGACUAAGGUUGGUUAUGUUGGGUUCAAGGGUCAAUUUAUGGCCUUGAAUAGGGAGCCCGUCAGCUUUCUCUAUGAAGCAGCAGCCAAUCCCAGUGACCACGUCGCAAUUCAAGGCGUCACUGGCGUGGGAGGUAGGAUCAUGCCCGGCCAGUGA